CUAAAAUUAAGGUAACCUAAUCUGUAAAAUUCAAUGCAACGCGUAGAAAAAAAUAACUGUCAAUGUGUUAAUUUUAUGGAGUGUAAAGUUGUUUUUAUUUAUUAAAAUUUAGCUAAACAAGUUCAUUUUUAAACUCAUUUGCAUUUUCGAAGUGCUUCAAACAUUCCAGCUUUUUAACAGUAUCCGCUCAUCUAAUUUUCAACAAACCAGUUAGACAUCUACAUCGAUUCGUUGGUCCUGAAGAUUAGGCCGUGGCCGGAGGCGAACAUGGAAGCUAUGGAUAUUCAGGCUGUGGAAUCUAAGCUGAGCGAUGUGACGGUGACGGCGAUCCCGAUGAGCAGCAAGAACUCUCGCGUGGAGCUGGCGGCGGGCGGCGGCGGGCACGCCACCAUCUCCACCGUGGCGUCGCCCGCCAGCAAGGACAAGGACGCCGCCGUGUCCAAGUACGCGCAGCUGCUGGCCGUCAUCGAGGAGAUGGGCAAGGAGGUGCGGCCCAGCUACUCCGGCAGCCGCAGCUCGGCCGAGCGCCUCAAGCGCGGCAUCGUGCACGCGCGCAUCCUCGUCCGGGAGUGCCUCAUCGAGACCGAGCGGUCCGCGCGCCAGUAUUUUAGACAAUAUACUUAUUUGGCCUAUCUACUCAAUAUGGCGGCCGCGACGUGGACCACUAGAUGGCGCUGGGACACGGGGCUCAGUGCGGACUCCGCGGAGUGGUGCCCGGUGCCACCGCACACUGAUGUGCUGGUGUGCGGCACCUACCAGCUCAAUAAGGGGGAUGAGGGUAAACAGUCAGCUAACCAGAAGCGGCUCGGAAGAAUAUACGUCUUCAGAAUCAACGAUGAAACCACGACUCUAAACCCCGUACAUACGGUCGAAAUCUCCGGAAUCCUCGACCAGAAGUGGUGCUACCAUACCAUAGACAACCAUCCCGUUUUAGCAGUUGUCACUUCUGAUGGGUUUGUGAAGUUAUUCAAGCUGAUAACUGAAGAAGGAGAGUGUAAACUAGAGCUAUGGAUGGAAGAAAGUGUAGGAGAAUCCAAACUAGCUCUCUCGGUAGAUUGGUCGACCAAUAAGUUACGGUCUGCGGAGACUAGGUUGGUUGUAAGCGAUUCUUCUGGAAGCGUCACUGUUUUCGCGGUUCAAGACAAGCUGGUCAAGCUUGGCACGUGGAACUGUCACGGGUUCGAAGCGUGGAUCGCCGCUUUCAACUAUUGGAACCCAGAUGUGUUCUAUUCGGGCGGCGACGACUGUCUGUUCAAGAGCCACGACGUGCGUGCGGGCGGCGCGGUCUGCAGCCGCGCCCACGAGGCCGGCGUCACCAGCGUGCGGAGCAGUGUGGAUGUGGAACACCAGCUGUUGACUGGCAGCUACGAUGAAAACGUUCGCCUGUGGGACGCGAGGGCCCUGAAGCGGCCAGUCACCGAGACCAACGUGAAUGGGGGCGUAUGGAGGCUGAAGUACCACCCCCGCCGGCCGGCGAGCGUGCUGGCCGCCUGCAUGUAUGGCGGGUUCCGUACACUCAACGUAGAGGGGGAUUCUGUCACUGUGGUGAAUGAAUACAUGGAGCAUGAGAGCAUAGCGUAUGGCGCGGAUUGGAAGUUCAGUGAAGAUGAGAAUAUGGUAGCCACUUGUUCCUUCUAUGAUUGUAAACUACAUGUUGGAAAUAUUGUAUUUGAAGCGUAAUAAAAACAUUGUUGUUCCUU